AUGUCGAUGCAACAGCACCGCCAGCCCAUCUUUGGCGCCCCUCGGCAUGCGCCGCAAGACUUCGUGCCUACACACGCAUCCGCUCGGCACGACGACGCCGCCAACGUGCGCUCGCUGGCGCACCAUGAGCAGCCCGUCAGCCGCAGCAUCAAUACCGCAGAUGCUUGGCGCUCACACAAGUCGGUCGAGCACGAGCAGCGGCACCGCAGCCACAUGCACGGCCAGCUGUACGCCGCCAACAUCCGCUCGCGCAGCGGCCGCGCCAAGUACAUCGAGAGCAUGAAGGAGGCAAAGGCUAAGCGUAAGACGGCGCGCGCCCGCAUCCCUCAAGCAUGCAACGCCUGCCGCCUGCACAAGCGGCGCUGCUCGGGUCAUUUGCCAUGCGAGCUGUGCACGAAGCGAGGCCGCGCUACGUGGUGCACCUACGAGGAUCCCGAGGACGAAGACGACGACGAGGAGGGAGCGGGCGAGAUGGAUUUCGAGCAAGUCUCCAGCCAGUUCAUUCGCGAUGCUCGUCGUCGAUCAUACAGCCCUGCCUCGCCGCCGAGCUCGCCGCUCGAGCCAGCCGAUGACUCGCGCACUCGAGCGCCGCAGUACAGCCAGCGCAAGACGCACAAGCGUCGCGGCAGCGCCGGUAGCAGCGACGACAGUCUCGGCGGCUCGAGCGAUGACGAUGACUUUGCCUCGCACAAGCCAAACUCUGCGGGCUCAAGCGAGCCGUCGAGCAGCGCCAUGUCACGUACCGUCACCCUCGAUGACGCGGCAGUAGCCAACAUCGUGCAGCCUUUGCGUCGCUCGCCUUCCGAUGGACACGUCGGCGGCAGCGGCAUGGCAGCGCUCUCCCUCUCCGCUACGCUCAACUACAACAAAGACAGCGGCGCUCGCGCCGGUCCACCCCGCAUCCGAGCCGCAAGCUCAGGCGAGUCGGGCUUCUUCCGUGGUCCACUGGGCGACUCGCGUCCUCGUUUCCGCUUCGGCUUCCUCUCGGGCUCGAAGAGCCCUCAGUUUGAAGAACGUCUCGUCCUCGCCGGUCCGCCGCCGACUUCGCUUGGCCUCUCGAAGAUCAUCUGGACGUACGGACGCAAGCUGCCGACGCCUCUGCCGCUCACUUCGCCCGUGCCUACGACUCCACGCGGCCCGGGCCAGAGCUUUGCGUCGGCCCGCCACGACGCCGACAAUCUCAUGUCGCCGCCGCUUCCCGUCGAUCUGGAGCUCGUGAGCUGCGUGCUCGUCGACUCAUCUGGACGGCCUCGUCUCUCUCGCGCCGACCUCGAGGUCGGCUGGCCGGGCCUCUUCAAUGCCCAGCAGGAGAUGAGCCCUACUGAGGCAGCACGUCCGCUCACCGCACCUAUCUCGAGCUCGCUGUCCACUUUCCUGCCUGCGGCGCAGGGUGCUCGACCCUCGUCGGCUGGCAAAGAUCUUGCUGCUGAGCUCGAGGUGAUCGAGGACGACGUUGCCAUGUCAACGACUUCGCCAUCACGGGCUCCUCGGUCUGCAUCGAUGGUCCGUUCCUCCAACCUGCAACUUUCGCCGCCUGUCUCGGCGCCGGUCCACACUGUGCAUGGGGGCGGCGUCACACGCUUGCAUCUUAACACGGCCACUCGUCCGUCGCUGGUGGCCAGUCCGGAGGAAGACAUGGCCUGUCCGCCUCUCCCUUCAAUGCUGCACCUCUCAAGCUCGCACGAACAAGCCAUCGCUUCAGCACAGUACGACGUGCUGUGCCGCGGCCAAGGCCUGCCGUCUGCCUCUGCUGUCACCAAGACUUCGCCGAAGCACGAGACGAUGCCUGCGCCGUCGCGCUUCAAGACCAAGGACUCGCGCCGCGCCAGUCACGGCAGACGCUCGCGCUCCUCGACGGUGGCGUAUGUGCCUUCGCAGCCGGCGCUGCAAACGGCAAUCCGCGGCACGCAGAAUCAGCAGCAGCGACAGCACGAAGCGAUGGCAGCGUGGCACGAGGAGCGCAGCGCCCACAAGUCCAGCUCGGCCACGCGUCUUCGCAACCACUCGCAGCCCGUCCGGCCAAGCGAGACGUUCUCCAUGCUACCUGCGCAGCAGCAUGAGCUGACAUCGACGGUGCACGAGGCAACGCUUUCACCGCGCAAGCGCAAGCUCGACAGCAGCGCUUCAGAUGGCGCCCAUCAUUCGCCGACGAAGCCACACGCCGGCUGCGGUAGUCCUUCGUCGCGCCAGCCAACGAGUGUCUUCACGCCGCUGCCUGGCUCCCGCGACGGCGCGGCCGCUGGCAUGGUGCAGUUUGCGCCUACGGCGCCGCACCAUGCGGGACAGCGGCAGCACGAUGGCUCGGUGCACGAGAGUGCCGGCACUCACUGA